GGUUGUGCUAACACGAAGAAAUAUAUCAUAUAAAUUAUUUUAGUACAAGAAAUUCAAAUAUUUUGAAAGCGAUUUGACAACGUUCUGCUAACAUGAAGGAAUAAAUCAUAUUUUAUUCUAAAUCAUUUCAGAACAAGUGAUUUGGUAACAUUUUCUACUAAAAAAAUGAACAUUAUAAACGGAAAGUAAAGGGUAAAACGGACGUUCUUUUAAGGCGUGUCUGUAGCACGUAUUAACAUGGAACAUACUUUCAUAAAAAGGGCGGUGUUUAUUAUAUUCCAUGUCAUCGGAAUCUAUUGUUCUGAUUCUCAACGUGUUAUAGAAAGAAUAACAAACCUGGAAAAUAGAGUUAUUGACAAACUUGAUAAAAUAGAUAAAAGGCUGAAUGCGUCUCUUGAGCAGAAAGAUGGUCAUGUCAGCGUGGCUCAAGAAACGGAAGAAGUGGACUUGGAAAGUGUACAACAUAUAAGAGAAGAUUUUACGCGACUUAGGACAGCGUUUAGGGAGGAAAAGUCUGAAACUGCGAGAAUCCGUAGAGAAAUUCCAAAGAUUGAAAAUAAUUUGAUUUCAAUGAAACAAGAUAUGGACAAAUAUUGUAUGAUAGAUUUAAACAAGACGGAGCAACUGAUUUCGCUGGUUGAAAAAGCUGAUGAGUAUAUACAAACAAACCUUGCCCUGCAGAUUGAUGAGAUUAAUGAAGAACAGAAAGCUUUCCAUAAUGAGAUUAAUGAGGAUCAGAAAACUUUCCGUAAUGAGAUUAAUGACAAAUUUAUUCUUGUAAGAGAAAAAAUUAGAAUCGUAGCAGCUGAAACGGAAGAAAAUAUUCGAAGUGUUGUUGACAACUCAAUUACACUGAAUAGUAAUAAAGGAGAUGAAAUUGUGGAGCAAGUUAAAUUCAACACAAGAAAGAUUGAAAACAUCGAAAUGUUAGUUACUAAACUAUCUGGAAGCCUCGAACAUUUAUUUGGAUACGACACUUGCUCCGACGCAAGAAACGCCGGGAUGUUACGAUCCGGUAUCUAUAAACUAUUGCCAGGACUCGAAGUUUAUUGUGACCAAACCACUGACGGAGGGGAUUGGAUUGUGUUUCAGAGAAGAAAGAAUGGUGAGGUUGAUUUUUAUCGUAACUGGAAAGAGUAUAAAAACGGCUUUGGCGAUGUGAAUGGUGAAUUUUGGCUAGGAAAUGAGCAUCUGAGUAUUCUUACAGCAACAAGAGAUCAUGAGCUGAGAAUAGAUAUGGAAGAUUUUGAAGGAAAUCGCGCCUUUGCAAAGUAUAGUAAGUUUAAGAUAUAUCCGGAAGAAGACAAGUACAAACUAGAUGUGAGUGGAUACAGUGGAAAUGCUGGAGAUUCCCUAGAGUUUCACAAUGGAAUGGCGUUCUCAACAUUCGACAAUGAAAAUGAUAAAUACUGGUCAGGAAACUGUGCAAAAGACGGGCAUGGUGCCUGGUGGUACAACAUUUGUCACUAUUCCCAUCUCAAUGGACAGUAUUUUAAUAUUCCUGGUAAAAAAGAUACCAGAGGAAUCACCUGGUGGCACUGGAAAGAAUCAUAUUACAGUUUGAAAAGUGUAGAAAUGAAAUUUCGUUAAACAAAUGAAAGAUGUUAAUUUCUAAUCUUAUUGUUCACUUAAACAAUCGUGAUGUUGAACUUAGAAAGACGUGUGCAUUUCACAUUUAAGACAAAUGUCUAUAUUAAAGUUGUGUGCUAUAUGGUGACGAUAUCUAAUUAGAUAUUUGCAAUUAAUAACAUGUUUAACUUUUAGUCUAUUAUUACUUGGAAAACAUUUUACCAUGUAUGUUUUAAAAUAAUAUUUCUGCAACUUGAACUUGAAAUUAACAUAAUGUCUUUGUAUAGAUGAGUACCUAUGUACAAA